AUGUUACGCAUGGUUAUGUUCGGCAAACCAGGAGCAGGCAAGGGUACGUUGACAGAACGUCUUGUCAAGAAAUUUGACAUCGUCUCGAUCUCGACGGGUGACCUGCUUCGUCAACAUAUCGCUCAAAAAACUGAAAUUGGGAGACAAGCAAAAGAGAUCGUAGCACGAGGGGACCUCCUACCAGACGAGCUAAUGCUCCAAAUCGCUACGUCGAAGUUGGAUUACUUACAUGACAAACAUUGGAUUCUUGACGGCUUCCCGCGAACGAUUCGUCAGGGCGACCUUCUUGACACGCAUUUACGGUCAGCACGCAUGCCAUUGACGCUCCUCGUAACCCUAACCGUCCCCGAACCAAUCCUCCACGCACGCAUCGCAGGGCGUUUCGUCCACCCAGGCUCGGGACGAGUCUACAACACACAUUUCAACCCUCCACGUAUAGCAGGACACGAUGACCUCACAGGCGAACCACUCACCCAACGUCCAGACGAUAGACCAGAAGUCUAUUCUCGUCGUCUGGCAGCAUACGAGCGCGCGACUGCUCCGUUAUUAGGAUAUUAUACGCGUCGAGUUGAGGAGGAACGUGCGAGUAGGAGAGGGGGAGUUGGUGGAGGGUUGAAGAUCGUGAGCCUUGCAGGGGAGACGAGCGACGAGAUGUGGCCUAUCCUCGAAAAUUCCGUUCGUGAGACGUUCCCUACUGUCCAACCUCGCAUACCCGUGGAUUCGAAGCUACCGAAGAAGUCCCGCGAUGCGGUAGCGACUUUAAGUGCCGCAGCUGCAACGAAGAAGACUGCCAGAGAGGCUGUCGAGGAAGCUGUUGAUGGACCUACUGGGAAGAGUGGAUGA